UCCGCCAUCAUUUCUUGGAUUGUCAGUUGAUAUUUUAUUUACAUAUUUCAAUAUUUCAAUUAAUCUUCUUUAUUUAGUUUAUGUAAAACAUGCUAGCAAGAUAGCAUUUGCUAAAAAUUUUAAUACGUGUUGCAAAAUAGUUUUUUUGUGCCUUCAAAAUGGCUAUGUCCAAAUCUACAAACACUUACAAUCGACAAAAUUGGGAAGAUUCUGACUUUCCAAUUUUGUGUCAGACUUGCCUUGGAGAUAACCCCUAUAUUCGUAUGACCAAAGAAAAGUAUGGAAAAGAGUGUAAAAUAUGUUGCCGCCCUUUUACCGUUUUCCGUUGGUGUCCCGGUUCGAGAAUGCGUUUCAAGAAGACUGAAAUUUGUCAAACAUGCUCCAAAUUGAAAAACGUUUGUCAAACAUGUCUUUUAGAUUUAGAAUAUGGUUUGCCUAUCCAAGUAAGGGAUGCUGCUCUUAAGAUCCAAGAUGACCUACCUCGUAAUGAAGUGAACAAAGAGUACUAUAUUCAAAAUCUAGACAGUCAGAUGUCUAAAUUUGAUCCGACUCAGCCUAGUAACUCAGCAUUGAAGUCUAAGGGUGCUUCAGACUUAUUGUUGAGACUAGCAAGAACUGCACCAUAUUACAAGAGGAAUAGACCGCAUGUGUGCUCAUUCUGGGUGAAAGGAGAAUGUAGGAGAGGUGAGGAAUGUCCUUACCGACAUGAGAAACCAACAGAUCCAGAUGACCCGCUGGCUGAUCAAAAUAUUAAGGACAGAUACUAUGGUGUCAAUGACCCUGUAGCUGAGAAGCUGAUGCGACGUGCGGCCGCAAUGCCAGCACUGCCGCCACCUGAGGACAGAACUGUCACCACUUUGUACAUUGGAAACUUACCUGAUAAUGUCACUGAAGAUGAACUUAGAGGACAUUUCUAUCAAUACGGAGAGAUAAGAUGUUUAACCCUAGUUCCGAGAGCUCAGUGUGCAUUUGUACAGUACACAACUAGGAGUGCAGCUGAACAUGCUGCUGAGAAGACAUUCAAUAGACUGGUUAUUGGUGGAAAAAGAUUGACUAUCAAGUGGGGCAAGUCUCAAGGUCGUCAAGGUGUGAAUGAGAAGAGUGAUAUGCCAGCGUUGGAGCCUGUGCCGGGGCUGCCGGGAGCAUUGCCUCCACCACCGCCUGCCUUCCUGCAUCCCUUCCCACCACAGAUGCCUCCACCCCCGAACCGACCCAACGACUUCUUCAACCUGCAGCACUACGCAGGGCCAGGCUGGGGCUGGGCACCGCCUCCAGGCCUGCACUACCCCAGUCAGGAUCCCGCACGUCUCGGUGCGCAUGCGCAUGCCAACGCUCCACAAACAUAGGACUCACAAAGCAACAUCUGUUCCAGCGAAUUGUUACUUAAAAACAUAUAACUCUUUUUGUUCAAUUGGUCGACAUCUGCAUUUAUCCAUAUAUUUUACAGAUGGUAGCAUUUCACCUACUCUAUGUGAGGUGUUGCUAUCGCGGUUGGUUCUUUCAGAAUAUAAUAUAAAACCUACAUAAACAUAGAACAUGACAAUAAUAACAGCUAUAGUACAAAUAAGAUCUUUUGACAUUUUUUGACGUUGUU